AUAAGGAAGACUGAAGUGUUGUUGUUCUUCCUCUACACAACCUAAACCCUAAUCCUCUCUUCACUUAACGCCAAAUCUUCCAAGUGAAAAAAUUCUGCUGCACCAACAGUUUUCACAGUGGCUGAGAAAAGAGUUGAAACGAGAUCAUUUAUGAUGGUUGAGGAGGAUGAGGAGGACAGAAUUUCAAAGCUACCUGAUGCAAUCAUAGUACACAUACUCUCGUUUCUUCCUACUAAGGAUGUGGUUCGGACUUGCCUCAUUUCAAAUCGUUGGAAACUCAUCUGGUAUUUAGUCCCUAAACUCUCUUUCUCAAAUACUGAAUCUCAUUUCCGGGAAGAGUUCUUCAAUUUUGUGGAAAAAUGUUUGGAACACCGCGAGAGAGGUAAGCACAUCAUCCCUGAAUCAACGGUAACUAGUUUUGAGCUUCAAAUGGAAUUCUAUGAAACUAGUUUAGUUGGCUGCUUAGAUAAAUGGUUAACUUUUGCGGUUGAUAAUAAGGUGCAGGAAAUAAAGCUUUGUUUGGCUGUAGAGAGAUGUAAGAAUUACCUAAUUCAUGUUAAGUACUACUCUUUACCUAAAACAUUAGUACUUAAAGCAACAUAUUUGACUAUUUUGGAGUUGAAUAAGGUGGAGUUGGAUUCGCGUUAUUCGUUUAGUUUUCCAUCCUUGAAAUCGUUGUCAUUGCGCCUUGUUCAGUUUGCUGAUAAUGAUGUGUUGGAUAAGUUGUUGUUGGGUUCUCCUUCCCUUGAGAAUUUGAAGUUAUGUCAUCUUCUACCUCCUUAUCCGCAUCAGCUACACAUACACAGUUCAACCCUCAAGUUCUUGCAAAUUAAAGGUUAUAUGGAUAUACCAUUGCAAAUUGAAGUGAUAAAUCUUGAAACUUUGGAACUGCAUGGUGUUUCCUUUGAGGAAACAAAUCUCUUGGUAUGCAAGGCAAUUAGAAAUCUCUUUUUGAAUUGUGUUUGGCAUACGAAAGAGAUGGCUUUGUCAUCUUUAGAAUAUCUUAUUUCAAACCUUCAUCAACUCGAGAAUUUGACCUUGUGCAGUUCAAAGCAUGUUAAAAUCUCCAAUCCUCACUUGAAAAGUUUAAAGUUGAGGGUUAAUAGCAUUUCUAAAGAUGAAACUAGAGUGAUAAUUGAAGCUCCCAAAUUAGUAUCAUUUUGUUAUGAAGGGAAUAUCAACCAUAGUAUAUCAAUAGAGUCAUCCAAUUUGUUGAAUGGAAAAUUCAUUUUUGUUGAUUAUUAUAAGAAUUAUGACGCAAAUUGGUUUAUCGAUAUGAUGAGCUUUAUGGCGAAUCUCGAUUGCUCCUGGAAUAUAGUGAGCCUGCAUAUUGAUUCGGAAAAGGCUCUCAUAUUCCCAGAAAAAAUGAAGAAGAUAUGUCGUUCUCCUUUAGUUAAUUGGGAGCAUCUUAGAGUUUUCACUACGUGUAAACUAGAGAGGGAAUCAGACUUGAGAGAUGCUCUUCUGUGGAUUUCUCCUUCUUUAAAGAGACUAUCUAUAAUGGAAAAGGCAUAACAUUUUAAACCAUGGUUUUGUGUAGUGAUACUGUCUUUUAUUAGUUUUCUUUGCUAAUAUCUGCAUUUGUACUUUGAGAUUGUGUUUACUUCAUUUGGACUGAUAAAUUGGCAUGUCUACUUUGAGUUUAGUUUUUGAGAUGUUGUACUUACUUCUUAGCUGUAUAAUGUUAUAUUUUAACGAGUAUAUAUUAUAAAAAGCAAUGGUUACUCA